AUGACAUACGCGCAUGAGCACAAUCCGGCCCAAUCCCCUCUUGGUAUCCUCUUCGUCACGCAGGUAGGUCGCUGCCGUAUCCAGGCUCACAGGCUCUCUUUCCCAUGGCGGACCCAGCAACAAAAAGCAUGUUGCUUUCCAGCAGUCAUGCCGGCCGGCUCGGGCAAGCGCUUCGCGCGAAGCAUUCCCAGUCUUCACAUUGGCAAGCCUUGGUACAGGCCAACUGGCAUGCAGGCAUUGGCGGUUGUCAGCGCGCCAAUCAACGACAGAAUAGGCGAGGCUGCCAUCCCCAGACCAGAAGAAAAAUGGGCCGUGAAAGAGUCCACAAAGGCGGCCAGGCCUGAUUAG